CGUUUGCUGUAAUUGACUUAGAGGCAGUAUGGCCUAAAGCAUGGGCAGUUUGAAAUUUGAGGUAUUUUUGUAAGAAAGAUGGAAAAGCUAACAGCGACGACCUGUCACAUUCAAAGGAGCUUAAAUGCCUUAAAGGACCUUCCUAGAGUAGCGAGCUACAAUAUAAAAGAUUUGCCUGGAGCAAAAAAAACGAAAAGAAGGCGUGGUCGUGGGCCAGGUACAGGGAAAGGCAAAACAGCUGGGAGAGGACACAAAGGCCAAGGGCAGAGAGGGACACAUACUUACUUCCAAUUUGAAGGUGGUCAGACACCCUUCUACAGGCUGGUGCCAAAACAUGGUCAAUCUAAAUCCUUGAUAAAAAACAUGCAGCUGACACCAGUCAAUUUGGACAGGUUGCAAUACUUUAUUGAUAGUGGUAGGAUAGACCCAAAUGAAACAAUUACCAUGAGAGUGAUGCGGAUGUCUGGUCUUGUUUCUGGCAGAAUAUCAGGUGGCGUUAAGCUUCUUGGAAUGGGGGCAGAUUGGUUUGAUGCAAAGGUGAAAAUUGAAGUUAGCCUGGCCUCAAAAUCUGCUAUAGAAGCUGUUGAGAGACAAGGUGGGACUAUUGAUUGUGUAUAUUUUGAUAAAGUUGGACUCAGAGUCCAUUUGAGGCCAGAGAGUUUUUCCCCUCCUAUUCCACGCCAAGCGAGGCCUUCAUCUAAAUUAAUGAAGAUCUAUGCAGAUCCUGAGAGAAGAGGGUUUUUAGCAGAUCCAAAUGAAAUUCAAAAACUGAAAGAAGAAAAGCAAAAGGCCGGGGAACUGGUCAAAACGUUGGAAAACUUAGAAAUUAAGUAAAACAUCAUUAUGAUUCUCUUACAACUUGAAAGGUUCUGGUUGAUGAAAAAUAACUGCAUUAGAAUUUGUAAAUUGUAUUACCAUGGUAUGUGUACGAGUGUUGUUUGGGAAAAAUUGCUUAAUGAUUUA